AUGGCUUCACCUCCAGCCCCCAACGUCCAACGCAACGAGUCUCGUAGCUCGAGUCUCAGCUCAAGACUCUUCCGCACCAAGAGCGGCGAAGCUUUGGGUAGCGGUCGUUUGCGCAAAGGUCGGCAAGAAUCACAACCGCAGGUCCAGUCUCCAGUCACUCCUCCUAAGCUCCCAGAAUAUAGCAUACAGCCUCAGCUUGGCAUCAGUCCCAGGAUGACAUCGAAAGAGUACACGAAUGGCAAUUCCUCCACCCCGCCCGUACCGCCGAUCCCAGCGCAGGUGCCUGACAAGAAGGAGUUCGUUGAUCCAUAUGCGAGGACGGAGAGCAUGACCCAUAGAGGGCGAUACAGCUAUGCUCCUAGCACCGUCAGCACUCUGAACAGCCCACGGAGAGUUCGCAGACGCAAGGAUCCGACUCCGUUCAACGUCCUCGUAAUCGGGGCGCGCAGCUCGGGGAAGACGUCCUUCAUCAACUUCUUGAAGCAAUCACUCGCCCUGCCGCCCAAGAAGCAGUCCCAGCCACGGAGCUCCGAUUUAGAUCCUCCACCUCCACCGUCGUCGCGCAAUAACCGCGACUUCACCCAUUCGUACCAAGAAAUCGAAGUUGAUCACGAGAGAUUGGGAUUGACUCUGUGGGAUUCUCAAGGACUUGAUAAGGGCGUGGUCGACUUGCAGAUGCGAGAACUGACAAAUUUUGUGGAGAGCAAGUUCGACGACACAUUCCUCGAGGAAGUCAAAGUGGUCCGUUCGCAUGGCGCCCUCGACACCCACAUCCACUGCGUCUUCUUCAUUCUUGACCCCGCAAGGCUUAACCAGAAUCUCAAGGCUGCGCAGCAAAGCAACGCCAACGGCGCUGCGAGCCGUAUUGGCAAGACGUCGAGAAUUAUUGGUGCGUUGGACGAAGAUUUUGAUCUUCAGGUCAUCAGAACUCUGCAGGAGAAGACGGUAGUAGUGCCAGUCAUCAGCAAGGCCGAUACCGUCACCACGAAGCACAUGGCCUUUUUGAAGAAGAAGGUCUGGGAGAGUCUGAAGCGAGCUGGUCUCGACCCUUUGGAAGCCCUGAACUUUGACAGUGAUGACUCUGACCUCAUUGAGGAGGAAGACGAGGAGACGGCCGAGAAAAGCAGCGACGAUGGCAGUGAUCCGGCCUCUCCGGGAUCUGCACACACUGAGGAUUCCGAUACUGUCCCUUCAAAAUCAGCGCCCAACAAGCGUCCCGGAAUGCACAAGCGAGAGCCAUCGAAUCUGUCCAUAUCGAACUCCAUGAUGGACAGCGGCUACGUCCCUCUCUCGAUUUUGAGCCCUGACGAGUACUCACUCGAGUCUGGAGAAGGGCCCCUGGGUCGACAAUUCCCGUGGGGUUUCGCUGAUCCAUUCAAUGCUGAUCACUGUGAUUUUGUCAAACUCAAGGAUGCUGUCUUCAGCGAGUGGCGCUCGGAGCUUCGUGAGGCGAGUAGAGAACGAUUCUACGAAGCCUGGAGAACGAACCGGUUGAAUCUCCGUGGGCAAGGUGGCAAGACGAGUGCGGCUCCACGAAGAUCAGCCGGUGGGAUCCCGAUUCCACUAUCUGGGAAUCGGGUAUGA